GCUGGGCACCGCUGCGCGUCAAAACAUUGCGUCUCUGCAGGACUUGCCAGGGCCGGAGAGCGGAGGAUAUUUGCCCGGGGAAGGAAUGCGAAAGAGCUUUUAGGAUUGGCACCGCCAACAGGGAAACGAGGAAGUGCGACAUUUUCUUCAGGCUACGCGGAGAGACGUGUUUUUUGCCCCCCUCAAAGGUGUUUACCUCCCGACCCACCGCCCACCACGGCCCUCACCUGUGUGUUGCGGUGCUUCCCCUGUGAGCCGACCUGGGCCGGCAGUCCCUUCUUGCACCGCCCGCCAACACCGCCCAUGGUCAGGAUGACGCGCUCCAAGACGUUCCAGGCGUACCUGCCGAGCUGCCACCGGACGUACAGCUGCAUCCACUGUCGAGCUCACCUGGCCAACCACGACGAGCUCAUCUCCAAGAACCGGUUUGUCUCAUCUUGUCAACUAUCUUCUCUGCAGUCGUUCCAGGGCAGCCAGGGCAGAGCUUACCUGUUCAACUCAGUGGUGAACGUUGGGUGCGGCCCUGCGGAGGAGAGGGUUCUGCUGACAGGCCUGCAUGCGGUGGCGGAUAUCUACUGCGAGAACUGCAAGACCACUCUGGGCUGGAAAUACGAACACGCUUUCGAGAGCAGCCAGAAGUAUAAAGAGGGCAAGUUCAUCAUCGAGCUGGCCCACAUGAUCAAGGACAACGGCUGGGAUUGAGGGGCAAGCAUGCCGAGUGACGACCACAUCGUAGGGGAGUAAGCCAGGCCCUGGAUGGGAAAGGGGGGUCAGGGGGUGGUGGGGGGGUGAUUGUGUGCGGUGGGUGAGUGUGUGACUUUGGUUUGGCUGAUUUACCAUUAACCUCUGUAAGUUACUGCCCAUCCCUCGCUAACGACACACCUCUUGAUGUACACACACGCGCGCCACACACCGAGGUCCCAGACAUCCCAGCUUGUACCCAGCUAGCUGGACUAGGGGACUGAUAUUACAGCUCACGAGGCAAGAUAUCACGUUUUGGUUUUAGUUUUAUAAAACGUUCCCUCUGCUGUGUCUAAAGAUGGCGGCGGCGGCUGCAAGGUGUCCAGCGGGCUCGGGCCGGCAGCUUACUGCAGUCUAGGUUGAAGAGCUGAUCACUGGGUGCCCGACAUGACAAGGCGGGACGCGGGAACUAAGAUGAUUGUAGCGAGUGCAGCUGAUUGGGGCCGUGCCACCCGGGGGUCCUGAUCAGGUCCGGCUCUGAGGGGUCCAAACACAUGGGCUGUAAGAGGAUUCUCACCGGGCACGGUGGCAGAUCUGAAUCCAGUUAAACGGCCGCUUUCGAAGGCCUCUGACACGGAUCCCUUCACCGCCGUGCCAGUGAUGCAGGGCGGGGCGAGGAGGUAAAAAGAUUGAGAGCUCGGUCUGAAAGCUCCCAGGAACGUUCCCUCACAGCAGCGAAAGCAUUUCUCUGGCUUUCAAAAACCCCUAAGCGAGUUAAAGAGAACCGCUGAUCCUCCCACGUACGACGUCUCGGGUCUGCGGUUGCAUUGCCGUAGAGAAAGACGUAGCGAGAGAUCGUCUCAAGACGGCAAAUUUGGUCCGGGUUCCUAAACGUUUGUGAACACUGUGAGCAUCUCUCUGCCGUUAUUGGGGCAAAGGCGAUGAAUUUCUGCAAGGGUUUUUUUUUUUGAGCAGAGCGGCUCUAGUGAUCUGUUACAAACAUGCCCCCCUCUGCCACCGUGCAAACAACGAUUAACUUUAAAUCAAAAGUAUUGACUUUUUUAAUGACACGGCACGUGACCACAAAGGCAUGUACUGUAGAGCCGAUUCUUUCUGUCUGGGAUCAGUGAUGUGAAACUGCUGUUCCUCUGAUCUUUGGUAGCUGUCCUUUAAAGAAACAACAACAACAACACGACGACGCAACGUACUGGAGCCACUUAAACAGCGACGCUCAAAAGACUACACAUGCCUCUUUAAAUGCCUGAUGGGGGAAUAUAUAUCUAUCAAAAUAUUUUUCACGUUUCUUGUGAAAUAUGUAUGUAACAAUUCAACUGGAAAACAAGCUGAAUAGUUAAU